GACCCAGGUCAGUCCAGUUGUGUUCGCCGACGUAUCGAUAGCGGUCUACCGCCACAUAAAUAUCGGCGCGCUUCACAGUGCGAUAUUCAUAAAUUAUAAUCGUAUAUUAUUCUUAGCUGGGCGCGUUUUUUAUCACACGCUCUGUUUCUCAACCGUACGAAUACCGUAUGCCUAAUAAUUAGAUUUCGGCGCUUAACGAUAAGCCGCUUCUUUUACGGUUUUUCAUUUCGAUUUCCGUAUUGUAAUAUUAUAUUGUUAUCUUCGUCUUCCGUUACGUACGGGAAAAUCGACGCCGCCGACGACGACAACGACCUAAGUCCUUCUGAUCAGACACCGAAGAGCCGGAGACUAACAACACGCCAUUAUUAUCAACUGUACACCACCGACUGUGUUUUUGGUUUUUAUUUUUUUAUUUUUUUUCAAAUUUUUAUCGGUUAUCGACAGCACAAUAUUUUUUCGCCGACAACACUUCAAUUGCUCCGUUUGACUACACCACACACGUCCUGCAUAGAGGAUAUAUACGUAGAUGAAAAUUGUUUGGCGGUCCGUCAUCGAUUACUCCAACAAAGGAUAUAUUACUAUAGCAGGUAUCCUAACGGAUGACGCAUUCCUAUGAUGAACAUAUACACAUACAAUYAUCGUUAAAACAGAUACCAUCCGAGAAAUAAUUCAGUUCGUGGAUCAGUCAAAAAAACGUGAGAACAAGCCAAUUCGGAUUAAAACAUGGCAUCCGCUCCUCGAAUGGUGCUUAUGCACCUACCCAAAAAUAAUCCGAUUGACAUCACAUUUACGGACAUUGAGUUCACUGUAGAUGUCGGAACGUUGCGCAGAGAAAAGAAACAAGUACUCAAAGGCGUUUCUGGGCGUUUUAACAGUGGCGAACUAACUGUAAUUAUGGGACCAUCCGGUGCUGGAAAAUCAACCCUUCUGAAUAUUCUUACCGGAUUUGAUAUAAAUGGUCUGCAGUUUCAGACAAAGUUGAUAAAACAACAGGCAGGGUUUCGAGCAGGAAAAUCAUGUAAAGGACAGGUUCUAAAGAGCAAGAUUACGGGGACAGCUUUUGUGGAUCUGGUGGAUCUUAGUAUAGGGUCUAAAUGGGAAGCAGAUCCGAAUACAUUACGAAUAUUAGCCAUGGCAUUAUGUUUCUCUACGGUAGAAUAUGUUUGCCUUAUGUGGAGAAACUCGAUCGAGGACAUUCUAGACAGCAUCGGACUCUCUGGCAGCCUUCACACCAGGUGUGGUAGACUAUCCGGUGGACAGAAGAAACGCUUGUCCAUCGCUCUUGAACUUAUUGACAAUCCACCUAUUAUGUUUCUCGAUGAACCCACCACUAUUCUAUCUUAUUAUAAAUUGUCYACUUACUGUCGAAUAUUUAGUAAUAUGUUUUUUCUUUUUUUUAAUGUUAUAGUUUUGGAAGUAGUGACAGGUGAAUAUGGAAAUUUCACAUCUCAACUCAAAACAGCAGCUAUUGAUAAAUCAUGGCGGACACCACCUCAAAUCACCGAUUCACGUUCAUUGUUAAAAAGAAAAUCUAAGAACCMUGGUCCGACUACAUUGGUCUUGGUCAACCAGCCCUCCGAAUUCAAUAAAUUAUUAGUACUGAUACACAGAAGUUUAAUGCAGGUCUACAGAGAUUGGACGGUUACUCAUGUUAAAAUAUGUAUGCACUUCCUCGUUGGGAUUUUACUGGGACUUUUGUUUGAAAACGCCGGCAUCGAUGGUGGAAAGACUAUCAACAAUAUCGGAUUCUGUAUUGUAACACUUGUAUACUUAAGUUACACAUCCAUUAUGCCAGCUAUUUUAAAAUUUCCAUCCGAACUUCACAUUCUGAGAAAAGAGUUAUUCAACAACUGGUAUAAGCUAUCAACCUAUUUCGUAGCGUUUCUCGUGACGAAUAUGCCUUUACAGAUGAUGUUUUGUUUUAUUUACACAUCUAUAUCUUACUACUUGUCAGCACAACUGAUGACGUGGACCCGAUUCUUGAUGUUCUUAUUUGUUUGUCAGUUAAUGACCCUAAUAUCUGAAGSCAUUGGCCUCAUUCUCGGGACAGCCAUGAACCCAGUAAACGGAGUCUUCAUUGGUUCAAUCAUCACUUGUCUGUGUAUUCUCUUCGCCGGUUUCUUAGUACUAUUCAACCACAUGCCUAUUAUCCUGUACUAUGUGUCCUACAUCAGUUACAUGAGGUAUGCACUAGAGGGGCUGGUUGUCUCCAUUUACGGUUAUGGUCGCGAACCACUGAUUUGUUUGAACGAAGAAGGUUACUGUCAUUACCGCUUCCCGGAAACGACAUUCAAAGAGAUCGGUAUGACCGAUGGGAAAUAUUGGACGGACAUAUCAGUAAUGGUUGGAUUUUUGUUCGUCAUUGUGAUAAUUAGUUUUUUGACUUUGCGAAAAAGUUUAAAAUGCCAUUAACCCUGUCAAUCUGUGAUUAUAAUCUUUAAAAUUUAUGAUGAACUUGUUACAUUAACUGCUUGGUAAAAGAUUUACCCAAUUUACUGUAAUUUAAUAUCAUAAUUAUUUAAUGUAAAUAUUUUUUUUGUUUAAGAUUUAGGAUUAACGGUAUAUUUAUACUAAACUUAAGUGGUAGAUAAACCUUUGCUAUUUAGAUUUAUAGAACAUUGUUCAAUAUAUUAUUUUUAAUAUUUUUAUUUAUGUUAACUGUAAGACGUGUUGAAUUUAAUUUUUAUAUCAUUGAAAUUAAAUAGUGUUUAUA